AUGGUCUUCGCGAACAAUUUCGUAAUUGCUGCGAACUUGUUCACUGGAUCCGAAUUAUUGUACUCGAGAUUGGUCAUUGGAGUUCAUGCUAUCAUCGGAAUUCUUGGAAUUUUCUCCCCAAUUCCGACUUUGGAAAUCUUCAGAAUGCUAAUGACAGCUGUGGCGUUUACAAUGAUUUGCAACUUCAAUAACUACAUCGUCUUUGCUGCUCUCGUCUGCUACGCCCGUUUUCAGAGAAACGGCAUUCUUCUUGGCCGUAGUCUUGUCUCCUUGGCGAUUGCUCAGAUCCUCGAAAUCCGUGAUGCUGAUCCUCGCCUAUAA